AUGUAGGUUUCAAUCGAGAUUGCAACAUGGACUCACAACAAUCAUGGAUUAUUUGAUUAUGAAUCAAAAGAAUUGAAGACUUCUAAAAUAAAUGUGAGAAACACAACUAACUUAAUAUUGAAUGGUAAGAUAUUCCAUUGAUAUUAAAACAGAAGACAAUUCUGACACCAUUGUAUAAUCUGAUAAUGUUGGUGGUGAUUGCAUUGGCUCAAUAAGUUUUGAAGGCAAUUCAAUAUGUAAAUUGAUAAUGCAUUUGUAGAUUUUUAAAGCAAUCCAGACUUUUAAGAUGCAUAUGUGAAAUUAGACCCAAAAUAAAAAUAAUAGUUAUAAGCAGGAGACCUCUUCAAAUUUGGAAGAAUGUAAAAGUUACUCUAAAGCUAAGGGAAUAUUUUGUUUCAGAGUUAAACAACGGAGACAAAGUACAGAUGGCCGAAGACCAUUACAAUUUAGAAAGACACAUUAAAAUACAAAAGAAGAAGGAUCCAAGACAGUGUAGGUUUUGUUUAAUGGAUGAUUAAGAGGAAACUGAGGACCCAAAAAAUCCAUUUCUCUAAGAUUUGUGUAGUUGCAAAGGAUUAAUGGCAUAUGUUCAUUUUGAAUGUUUGAAGUCAUGGGUUAAUUUUCAAAAUCGAAUUUCAUGCAAAUAAACCUUGAACACAGUUUAAUACCAUUGGAAUAAAGUCUUGGAAUGUGAUGUAUGAUAUUUAAAUUCAGGUAGGUAUGUAAAGACCCCCUUCCAGCUCGAGUCUAUAUUGAGAAUCAACCUGAGCCUCUAUAGAUGAUUUAAGUGGAGAAAUUAGAUGGUCCUUACAUCAUACUCGAGUAGAUCACAAGACAGGAAAGUCUAUCUAAAAGUCUGACAUUUAUGCAUGCUUUUGGGUCGUGUUCUGUCUCGAUAGGCAGAGGACACAAUAGUGAGAUCAGAUGUCAAGAUAUAUCAGUCUCAAGAAAUCAUGCCAAUAUCUCAUAUGAAAAAUUCUGGUACAUAUAAGAUCAAGGGAGCAAAUUUGGUACUCUGAGGAUCAUUCAAAGCAAACUACAAUUACUAAAGGAAGUUUAAGAAAUAUAAAUUGGAAGAGUCUUGCUCAAGAUCAAAAUAAUUUGA